AUGGCGUCGGAGGAUGUGAAGACGACGGAAUCUGCGGCGGUUUCGACGAUCGUUAAUCUGGCGGAGGAAGCCAAGUUGGCGAGACAAGGAGUCAAAUCUCCGAGUCAAGCCAUCAUCAGUAUCUGCAAGUCUCUGAUCGCCGGAGGCAUCGCCGGUGGAGUGUCACGAACCGCAGUUGCGCCUUUGGAAAGGAUGAAGAUAUUACUUCAGGUCCAAAAUCCGCAUAACAUUAAGUAUAAUGGAACAGUUCAAGGGUUGAAGUAUAUUUGGAGAACUGAAGGUUUUCGUGGAUUGUUCAAAGGAAAUGGGACUAACUGUGCCCGUAUUGUUCCAAACUCGGCUGUCAAGUUCUUCAGCUACGAGCAAGCUUCAAAGGGCAUACUAUACAUGUAUCGGCAACAGACGGGGAAUGAAAAUGCUCAACUUACUCCCCUCCUACGUCUCGGAGCUGGUGCAACUGCUGGGAUAAUAGCUAUGUCCGCGACUUAUCCGAUGGAUAUGGUCCGUGGAAGGCUAACUGUUCAGACGGCAAAUUCUCCGUACCAAUACAGAGGAAUUGCCCAUGCUUUGUCAACUGUGCUGCGAGAGGAAGGUCCACGUGCCUUGUACCGUGGUUGGCUUCCAUCGGUGAUUGGAGUUGUUCCAUAUGUGGGCUUAAACUUUUCAGUCUAUGAAUCUCUAAAGGACUGGCUAGUUAAAGACAAUCCAUUUGGCCUAGUGCAAGAUUCUGAACUAACUAUGACGACAAGACUUGCAUGUGGUGCUGCAGCUGGAACAGUUGGCCAAACAGUUGCUUACCCCCUUGAUGUUAUUCGUAGGAGAAUGCAAAUGGUUGGGUGGAAAUCGGCUUCCUCCGUUGUUAGUGGGGAUGGAAGAAGCGCUUCCCUUGAAUACACCGGCAUGAUUGAUGCAUUCAGAAAAACAGUUCGUCAUGAGGGUUUUGGAGCAUUGUACAAGGGUUUGGUCCCCAAUUCAGUGAAGGUUGUCCCAUCCAUUGCGAUUGCAUUUGUGACAUAUGAGGUGGUCAAAGACGUUUUAGGAGUUGAAUUUAGAAUAUCGGACUGA